GCCCCACGCAGUAAGUGCACUAAGAUUUCGCUUUGUUUGAAGACGACGGCUGAGUGGAAGCAAACAAAGAUAUAGUAUCAUGGCAUCUCCACUGAGGAGUCUAGUUUACGAUGAUAACCGCUACCAGAAGGCCUUCCAUCUUUUUCUGGAGCGCUCCUCCGAACAUCAGUGUAUGCAGGACUUUAUUCGCAAUAUCCUACCAGACAUAGUGGCCAGCAUCGGAAAUGGGAAGUCUCAUCUUAUUUCCAUUGGAGUUGGAAGUGGUGAUGGUCGCAUUGACCUAGAGAUGUUCUCUGAGCUCCGUCUGAAGCACCCCGGGGUGACGGUGGACCACGAGGUGGUGGAGCCCAGCAGCCAGCAGCUUCAUAGCUACAAAGUGUUGGUGUCACAGAAGUCCGAUUUGGAUUACAUCACAUUUAAGUGGAACAAGAUGACUGCCUCUGAGUUUGAGGAGCAAUGGGAACUAAAGCAGAUGACAAAGAAGGCGGACUUCAUUCACAUGAUUCAGAUGCUGUACUAUGUCAAGGAUGUCGAAGCCACCAUCAGAUUCUUCCGGAGUCUCCUUGACAAGGACGGAAAGCUUGUCAUUAUUCUGGUGUCUGAUGAGAGUGGUUGGGGAAAGUUGUGGCGGACCUUCAGGGGUCAGCUGUGUGCCUGCCAAAUAAGUCAGUUAGUGACCACGGCAGACGUCAAAAACUUCCUGGACUCCGAGGGCGUGCAGUACAAGAGCUACGUGCUGCCUUCUCAAAUGGAUAUCACCGAGUGUUUCACAGAAGGUGACGAGAGCGGAGAGCUGCUGCUCGACUUCCUCACCGAGGUGUAUCGCUUCAGCCGAACGGCCUCGCCGCAACUCAAAGCCGAUGUCAUGAAGUUACUGCGAGAUCCGGCUUGUUCUCUGGUGGCAGACGGGAAAGUUGUCUUCAAUAACAACCUUGAGGUGAUAGUUGCCGAUUCACCCAGAUAAACGUUAAUGGGAAUGCAAUACAGAUGUGUAAAAUAAGCUAAAAUAGGAGGGAAGUUCUUGGGAAACAUCUUGAUUUGACUGCUGACCUUACAACAAUCUUUUUUUAAUUAUUAUUAUUAAUCAAUUUAAAUAGCAAUUGUACAUAAUAUUGUGCCCAAAAAGGUUGUAAUCAGCUUCAAAUUGUUCAUUGAAUCAUUUACAGUGGAACACAACCCAUUUCAAUGUGUUUUUUUGUUCUGAUUUUGAAUGAAAUUUCACCCAGAUAAAUAGAAUUAAUCCAAUUUGUGGUCAAUCUGAAAACAUUUACUGACUGUACAGGCAUUAAUGUAAUGUUUGGAGUAACAUUUAAAUAUUAUUCUCUGUCAUACACUUGUGAAACAGCUAAAAAUAAUAAAUCUUGCAUAUUUCUUGCUAUGGUUAUCAACACUUUUAUUUAUUUUGACUUUUUUUGGGGGCCAUUUUACCAGUACCCUUAUCUGGUAAAAGGGCCACAAAAAAAAAAAUGUGCCACAAAAAAACGCCCAAAAAGAAAAAAAAAUCAGUUUGAUCAAGUUUUAUUUUGAUAUGGGUUUAAGACACUGGGAGAUACUCCUGUCUUUGAGUCACAUAGAUGGUAUUGUUAUUAGUUUGUCGACAUUACGCAGGCACCUUAAUUGAACCGGUAAGUUAAACGUGUAUGGACAGGUUUAAGGUGUGCGAGCAGUAAUCC